AUGAAGUCGCACGAAGACGUAAGGGGUGUGGUGCGGCGCCGCAACAAACGAGACAAGAAGUUGGGAGCGAUAGCGAUGAGCAUAUCGGAGGAGGGUAAAAGUCUCCCUCGGGACAGACCACGAACGCUGCUGAGACACAUCCACGAUAAUCACCUCCUGGAUUACCAAUGGUUCUACGUAACCAACAGCCACACUUACGUCAUUGUUGAGAAUCUCAGGAAUGCGUUGACGAAUUACGACCAAAACUUUGCCAUCGCUUUGACGGAGGACAGCCACGAGAAUGGCCAAUUCAACUGUGCAUUAACAGGCUCUGGGUAUGUGCUAAGCAGAGAAGCCUUAAAAAUCUUUGGCGAAGCAGACUAUAGAAGUGAAGACUGCAACAAAGAAUUCGUAAACAAGAAAGUCUCUUGGAUGGGGUUGCAAAUUACUUUCAAAAACGUAAGGUCAGCAUCCAACCUUUACGUGUACGAGUUCUUCCUGUACAAACUUCAAGUUUAUGGAGUGGAUGGGAGAUUCUGGGGGCCUAAAGUUCCUCUUCUUCCGCCAGAUCUCAACGCAAUACCUCAGGAGAUUCUUAAUUCCCAAUGGGAGCCUCAUAUGCUAGCCUCGGCGAAAUAG